AUGACAUCGACACGAAACACCCUCGAGGUGCCUCGCGAACCUGGCUGGGCGACCUCGACCACACCAACCCUCGCCGGCGAAGAUCAUGCCCUCGAGAAGCAGAUCCCCGACAGCAGCUCCUUAGGCGGCAAGACGGAAUCCGACACCGAGGCUGCCAAGACACAACCCGACCAGCCCAGUGAAGAAGAAUACCCGUCCGGCACCAAACUCAUCUUCAUCGUCGUCGCUCUCGUCCUCGCCAUCUUCCUCCUCGCCCUCGACAUGACCAUCGUCGCCACCGCCAUCCCCAAAAUCACCGAAGAGUUCAAGGGCCUGGACAAGGUUGGCUGGUACGGCGCCGCUUUCUUCAUGACCGUCGGCGCCUUCCAGUCGACCUGGGGCAAGAUCUACAAGUACUUCCCGCUCAAGGCCUCCUUCCUCGUCGCCAUCUUCAUCUUCGAGCUCGGCUCCGUCAUCUGCGGCGCCGCGCCCAACGCCGAGGCGCUCAUCACCGGCCGCGCCAUCGCCGGCCUCGGCGCCGCGGGUCUCGGCGCCGGCGCCUACACCAUCAUCGCCUUCUCCGCGCCGCCCAAGAAGCGGCCCGCCUUCACCGGCAUCCUCGGCGCCUCGUACGGCCUCGCCAGCGUCAUCGGCCCGCUCCUCGGCGGCGCCUUCACCGACAGCGUCUCCUGGCGCUGGUGCUUCUACAUCAACCUGCCCAUCGGCGCCGUCUCCGCCGCCGUCAUCUUCCUCUUCUUCCAGACGCCCCGCGCGGCCGUCCCCGAGAAGGCCCCGCUGCGCGAGAAGAUCCUGCAGACGGACCCGCUCGGCGUGGUGCUCAUGAUGGGUGCGACGGUCACGUACAUCCUGGCGGUGCAGUACGGCGGCACCGCGCACACCUGGGGCUCCUCCACGGUGGUCGGCCUGCUGGUCGGCUUCGUCGCCAUCGUCGGCGCCUGGGUGGUGCUGCAGUACUUCCAGGGGGAGCGGUCGAUGGUCUCGCCGCACCUGGUCAGGAACCGCACGCUGGUGGUGGCCAUGGCGUACAGCUUCAUCUUCGCGGGCGGCUUCUUCGCGGCCAUCUACUACAUCCCCGUGUACUUCCAGUCGGUGCACGGCGCGAGCCCGACCAUGAGCGGCGUGCGCAACCUGCCCUUCAUCAUCGCCGUCACCAUCGGCACCAUCGCCAGCGGCGGUCUCGUCUCCGCCACGGGGUACUACCAGUUCCUGCUGAUCGGCGGCGGCGCCGUGGCCACCGUCGGCGCCGGCCUGCUUUUCCUCCUCAGCGUGACCUCGUCCACGGGCGCCUGGAUCGGCUACCAGAUCGUGGCGGGCGCCGGCUGGGGCGUCGCGUUCCAGCUGCCCAUGAUCGCCGUCCAGGGCACCGUCGAGCCCCAGGACCUGGCCUCGGCGACGGGCAUGCUGCUGUUCUUCCAGGGCCUCGGCGGCGCGUUCCUCGUCUCCGCCGCCCAGUCGGCCUUCUUGAACCAGAUGGUGAGCUACGUUCUGCAGCGUGCGCCGGAGAUUGACAAGGCGACGCUCAUCCUCACGGGCGCCACCAACAUCCGACAUGCCUUCCCUGCCGACCAGAUCCCGAUCGUCAUCGAUGGAUACAUGCAUGGCCUCAAGGUCGUCUUUGCCCUCUGCAUUGCUGCCACUGGUGUGGCCACCACGAUCGGUCUCUUUACUCGCUGGACCAAGCUGAAGCAGGCCGCCGGUGUUGGUGGUAUGGCAUAA